AUGGCCAACGAUUGGAACGUCCCAGUCAUCACCCCCGUGGGUAACACGGAGAACAUCGGGGACAAGCUGCUGUUUCCCAGGCUCACCAGGCUCAACCCUCUCAUGCAGUCGUCGGUGGUCGACACGGUGUUUAGUAUCAUGAGGAGCAACGGCUGGAAGCAUACAGUUUUCUUCUACGAUAACGAUGACACAAUGGGCGACCUAUAUGGAGAGACGUUCACAAGGACGUCGGAGUUCGUCUGGAGCAGUUACGAGCUGGCUGGGAAAACCGACACGAGGGAGACGUACAGGACACAUCUGAUGGACGCAACUCUACGAGCCAGGGUCUUCCUUUUGGCCAUACAGAACAUCACCCUGCGAGACUUUAUGCUCGAGGCGCAUGCGCAGGGCUACACCACAUCCGGGGACUACGUGUUCAUCAUCAUGUUUACCAUCAACAUCCCCGCCACCGACAGCAACACCUGGCUCUUGGGCAACGGCACCGCAGAGCAGAAGAUCCUGAAAGCAGCGUUCGGUCAAGCGUUGUUCCUAUACAUCGACAGCUCUAAUGUUGUCCUACCCGCCAACUUCUCUCAGGAGAUGAGGCGACGAUCGCUGCAGUAUUUUAACUACGACUACCAGACCGAGGAGCCCAGCACGGUGUUGGCCCAGUACUACGACGCUGUCAAGAUGUACGCCACAGUUGUCAACGAGAGCCUGACUGCAGGGGAGAAUCCUUUCGACGGUCUGGCAAUCACAAGACGGCUCUGGAACCGCACCUUUGACGAUAUAUGCCCUCUACAAAUAGCCCAUAGAAAUAUGCCUACAAAUAUUCCACAGAAAUAUGCCCUCUACGACUCCGCGAAGAAAAAAAUCACCUUCAGCAAUAGCUCAACAUUUCCGUGGCCCUACAAUGGAGGUAAAGCGCCGGGCAAUGAACCCACAUGUGGGUUUGCUGGGGACCGCUGCCAGUCAUCGGCAAAGGCAACCCAUAAACCAUUGUUGUUGCAGACAAGUCUACGAGGGUCAAGGGUGGACAGCGAGUCUCAAGGUCCGAAAGAUGGUCUGUUGGCAGUGUUUAGAGGUCAGAUGGUGAGACUGAGGUCUCUACCUGCCUACCCCCUGAAGCAGACCGACAACCUGCUGUUGGAGUUUAAAAUGGUACGAGAACUGAGCCACAACAACUUGUUGAGAAUAUUUGGCGCGUGCCUGGAAGAAAACCUGCACGCCUUGGUGGUGGAACACUGCAGUAAAGGUUCCCUACAGGUAAGUCAGGUGGUGGAACACUGCAGUAAAGGUUCCCUACAGGUGGUGGAACACUGCAGUAAAGGUUCCCUACAGGUGGUGGAACACUGCAGUAAAGGUUCCCUACAGGUAAGUCAGGUGGUGGAACACUGCAGUAAAGGUUCCCUACAGGUGAGUCAGGUGGUGGAACACUGCAGUAAAGGUUCCCUACAGGUGGUGGAACACUGCAGUAAAGGUUCCCUACAGGUGGUGGAACACUACAGUAAAGGUUCCCAACAGGAUCUCCUAGGCAACACCAACGUUACACUGGACGCUCAGUUCAAGUUUUCCUUGUGUACUGACAUCAUCAAUGGAUUAUGUUACCUACACGAGAGCCCCAUACGAUGUCACGGUCGACUGAACAGCGAAGUCUGUCUAGUAGACAACAGAUUUUCUGUCAAGCUCUCAGACUUUGGUCUGCCGUCUCUCUACUCGCGGCUGGGGGAGGAUGUCAACUCACAGGAGUACAAAAACUUAUGUCUAUGGAAGGCCCCUGAGACCCUCAGAUCAGGAGACAAGAGGGGGAGCAGGGAGGCGGACAUCUACAGCUUUGCCAUCAUGUUAGCCGAGGUCAUCACGCGAGACUUCCCGUACAGCAACGAGAUUUUGUAUCUCAGUAUUGACGAAAUCCUCCAGAAAAUCGUCCUACAGACCAGCACCCCGUUCCGACCAAUCAUCGAAGUGCCUGUCAAAAUGAGUGAGAUGAAGAUCCUGAUGGAAAGGUGCUGGGCGGAGUCACCAAAAGACAGACCCCACGCCCAAACUGUCAAAGCUGCCAUCAAGAAAAUUGCCUUAUCUCUGGGAGAGACUGGCAACCUGCUGGACAACCUGAUGCGGAGGAUGGAGCUGUACGCCAACAACCUGGAGAAGUUGGUGGAGGACAAGACGGUGGAGCUGAGGGAGGAGAAGAAGAAGUCGGAGGAGCUGUUGUAUCAGAUCUUACCCAGGUCCGUAGCGGACAGACUAAAGGCUGGAAUGAGAAUGGAGCCCGAGUCUUACGACUGCGUUACCAUAUACUUCAGCGACAUCGUCGGCUUCACCGCCAUCUCGGCCAAAUCGACGCCCAUCCAGGUUGUUGAUCUUUUGAACGAUCUCUACUCUUGUUUUGACGCUAUAGUCGAAGAGUUUGAUGUAUAUAAGGUGGAGACCAUAGGUGACGCCUACAUGGUUGUCUCCGGGUUGCCACAGAGGAACGGCAACCUGCACGCCGUCCACAUAGCCCGGAUGUCCCUCAAGCUUCUCAAGGCCAUCAGCCAGUUCAAGAUCCGUCACAUGCCCACGGAGAGGAUGCGGCUGAGAAUUGGGUUACACUCGGGGCCCGUGUGUGCGGGGGUGGUGGGGCUCAAAAUGCCCAGGUACUGCUUGUUUGGUGACACGGUCAACACAGCGUCACGCAUGGAGUCACACGGGGAAGCUAUGAUGAUCCACAUGAGCUCGUCUAUCAAAGCCAUCCUUGACCUGUUUGGAACAUUCGAGAUGACUCCGCGAGGAGAAAUAAACAUUAAGGGAAAGGGGAUGAUGACGACAUACUGGCUGACUAGAGAACCCAAGAAUGAAAUUCACCCGUUGCCUAGUGUUAUAUAA